UCAAAAAGCUUCAUCUCAAUUGCAAUCCGUCUUGCUUUCCCUUCUCCCCGAUCGGAGUGUGGCAGAGUUGCUACUUCUGCUUCUUCAGUUCGGAUUGGGGAAGUCGGAAUGGGAGUUCGCAAGGUGGGCAAGUAUGAGGUAGGGAGGACGAUUGGGGAAGGAACGUUUGCCAAGGUGAAGUUCGCGCAGAACACGGAGACUGGCGAGAGCGUGGCUAUGAAGGUCCUUGAUCGCGCCACCAUCAUCAAGCACAAGAUGGUUGAUCAGAUCAAACGGGAAAUUUCAAUAAUGAAGCUUGUUCGCCAUCCCCAUGUUGUCCGUCUUCAUGAGGUAUUGGCAAGCCGGACGAAGAUAUACAUAAUCCUGGAGUUUAUUACAGGUGGCGAGCUGUUUGAUAAAAUUGUUCGCCAUGGAAAACUCAGUGAAGCUGAUUCACGCAAAUAUUUUCAGCAACUUAUAGACGGUGUGGACUAUUGUCAUAGUAAGAGGGUCUACCAUCGAGAUCUGAAGCCAGAAAAUCUUCUUCUUGAUUCGCUUGGAAAUCUAAAAAUUUCAGACUUUGGGCUUAGUGCAUUGCCUGCUCAAGGUGUUGGUCUUCUCCGUACAACUUGUGGAACACCAAACUAUGUGGCACCAGAGGUACUUGGUCAUAAAGGCUAUGAUGGUGCCAUUGCUGAUGUCUGGUCUUGUGGGGUCAUUCUCUAUGUUCUAAUGGCAGGAUAUCUCCCAUUUGAUGAUGUAGAUUUAACUACUCUUUACAGCAAGAUUGAAAAGGCUGAAUUUUCGUGCCCAUCAUGGUUUCCUAUUGGAGCAAAGUCCUUGAUUCAUAGGAUUCUUGACCCUAACCCAGCGUCUCGGAUUCGGAUUGAAGAUAUCAGAAAUGAUGAAUGGUUCAAGAAGAAUUAUGUGCCUGUUAAACCUAUUGAAAAUGAAGUUGUUAAUCUGGAUGACAUUAAUGCUGUUUUUGAAGAUUCUGAGGAUGGGCAGGUUAAUACCCAAGCAGGGAAUGAAGAAUUUGGUCCUCUGUCUUUGAAUGCAUUUGAUCUGAUUAUUCUCUCACAAGGGCUUAACCUUUCUGCACUCUUUGAUCGAAAAGAGGAUUAUGUUAAGCAUCGGACUCUUUUUCUUUCACUUAAGCCGGCAAGGGUUAUUUUAUCAACCAUGGAAGUUGUUGCACAAUCAAUGGGCUUCAAGACUCAUAUUCGUAACUAUAAGAUGAGGGUGGAAGGCCUAUCACUUGACAAAACUGGUUAUUUGUCUGUCAUGCUUGAGAUUUUUGAAGUUGCUCCUUCGUUCUUCAUGGUGGAAAUCCAAAGGGGAUCUGGAGAUCCUGCUGAAUACUUCAAGUUCAACACUGACUUCCGUAGUAAACUGGAUGAAAUUAUAUGGAAACCACCUGGCGAGAAGACUAAAUCACAGAGUACAAGGGGUUCAAAGCACUGAAUACGGCAGUCGGUGUUCUUGCAGUUACUGACACAUACAGCAUACCAUACAGUCCUCAAUUAUAGUCUUGUUGUAGAAGAGCUUCUAUGGUUUUACUAAGUUCCGCUGAUGGACUGAUACAAAGUCUGGAGGAGGGCAGAGUUUUAUGAUGGAAUUUAAUUGUCAGAAGUAUGCAUGUAUAUUAUAUUAAAAACUAAUAUGUUUGAGAUACAUUUACUAUACAAAGUUCGCCAUCUCCCCUGGUUCGGGCAGUCUAUUUGUAACUACCAUACCUGGAAAUUCAUCGUAAGUGAAAGGUUUGAGAUGCUACAUGUUAUUUCACUAAUUAUUUAAAUGUAUUAUUGAUCCUUGUGCUUUAGUGUUGUGAA